CGAGCCCAACCAAAUCUAGCUAGCGCCGCCUUGUCCAUGAUUUGGUUCAAGAACCAUCACUGCAUCUUUUUUUAGAGGCAAAGUGAUAUCAGUCCCCAUCGUACUACAACUUGCACGAUAUAUGUCCAUCAAAUGGACAAGUUCCUAACCGUUUUCGACUGCCAAUGAUAACGGGUUUGUUCAAUCCUCUAUGGCGCCGCGCGAUCAUACACGCAAACUCCUAUCUCAGCAGAACUAUCGCUUCUUCAAGCUGCAGUACUCCGCGUCCUAUUCACCGUUCAUACAGAGCCCUAUACUGAGCGAUUUCAAACACCCCUUACACCCUCUCCUUAAACGAACCGAAGAGCAACGGGAGGGAAAAGGUCUUUGGUGGCACGUCACCACGAAUUUCGAGUCGUCGAAAACGAAGGUCGUUCGAUCAUGGUUGCGCCGGCGAUUACACAAUGCGUUUCUAGAGGAAUUGAAAGAACGGGAUAUCACUGAGGAUGGUACAAUAUUGCGUAUGAGCGAUCAUCUCAAGGGUCUCUCGGGGCUGCAGAAGGCAUUAGAAGCGGGCCAAGUAGUUACCCUCACGGGCUCGAUCAGGAUGCAAGCUCAGAACACACUUGUGACAGCCAAAUAUGCAGAGGUGAGAAAGGAGACGGGAAGUCUUGUGGAUGCACUUUUGAAAAUUAGGAAUUCCACCCUUCCUCGAUCGCCUCAGCAAGCAACCAAAAGAGGACCCCAGACACAAGGGGGCAAAGUACCUCCUUCAAAACAGCUGUUCGGGUCAAUUAUGCCAGUUGCUACCCAUCCAGCACGGAAAAGCGCCGACGAAAACAUGAAAUGAUGACAGGUGGGCAUUCACGUAACGUCAAAUAUUACGCUUGCCAUUGUUAGAGCAAUGGGGCGUAUAAUGAAUACUAGUGCCCAAUUUAGCCUUUUACGCUCAUAUCGUCGUGCUACCAACUUUCAUAUACUAGUUAUAGGCAUGAUACCCUCAGGAAAGGUGCUGAAGCGUGGGCACUGUACCGUACAUAAAUUUGACAGCAUACAAGAUAGAAGACCACAAGAGAAAUAACACGAUAAUAAUUUAAUAUUAAAAAAAAGCAGGUACAUGAUAUGUAUAAGCAAU